UAUUUAAGAAGGCGGUAUCUCAGGAGUGUUGCAGUUGGUCUUUUGUGUAUGCGUGGGGGUUUUUUGAAAUUUUUAUUCAGUUUUUCCUCUCUCUGUCUCUGUCUCUGUCUCUGUCUCUGUCUCUCUCUCUCUCUCUCUCUCUCUCUCUCACACCCAACUAAAGAUGAAAAUCUUAAAAUGCAGAUCAGUGGUUGAUUAUAAUAUACAGUAGGUGUUUUUUUUGCCACCAUGCAGUUACUAUAAAUCAACAUCUUGCACCUACACACUUACAGAGCUGACGUCUGCCAGUGUUUGGGUCCUGAGUUUGAUUCUGACCUGAACACCAUUUGCAUGUGGUAUAGCUCCCAGCACCUAAUACAGGCAAAUACUGCUGAGAAUGAUGGGAUUGUUUCAUAACCUAUAGCUUAUACAACCAUAAAAUGUAAAUUAAGUUGUGGGACCUUUUUUCUUCUGAUGUAACUUACACAACUUGUCAAUGAGUUGUUCCUCCCAAGGCCCAGUCCAUCUCCCUCGUGCAUUAUACAAUAGACAGGUGAACUCAGGGAACUGCCUCUGCAGACUAAGGAUUGGCUACUCAUUGUUCCAGCCUAGUAUAAAUACAUCUUAAGUGCAGUCAAAUUUUAAGUAGCUUUCAAGUAUCCCUUGGAAAGAAACUGAUACUGCUUAGACUGCAAAGAUGCCAGCCGGUGAAAUCUACCCAGUGGCCCCUGUUCGGGAGACCUCCAUGAGUGAGCUGCCCUGCGUUCAUGGCAAGCAGAAAGAAUACCAGCUGAUCCAGGUGAAGAACACUUGGUGCCGGGUGGAGAGUGGCCACGAAAUUCCAUGCACUUGGGAGGAAGACCAGAUUGUGGUUUCUCAAGCCAAAAUUGGGGAAAAAACCUCCAAUUCUGGAAUCUCCUGGACAGUACAGGCUCCCAUUGUUUUCCGCUACAAAGUUGUAGAAAGCCAGAAUCUUCUAGACCCAUGCAACCCUACGCUUCUCUAUGGCCAUGUGUCUGACCCUCAAGAGUUGGAGACUUACCAGAAGAAGCCACAAAAGCGUUUAAUAGUAAUAGACGCAACUGUCGAUAAAUUUUAUGGCUACAAAGUCCGAAAGUACUUUGAGGCCAACAAUGUUAAUUAUAAGAUUCUGCCUUUCAUAACCACUGAAGAAACCAAAUCCAUGGAACUGGUGAUGAGUAUAGUAGAGGAAGUUCACAAAUUUUCUCUCGAUAGGCGUACUGAGCCGAUCAUUGCAAUUGGAGGAGGCGUGUGUUUGGAUAUUGUAGGCCUAGCUGCUUCCCUUUACAGGCGACGCACCCCUUACAUUAGAGUCCCCACCACCCUCCUCUCCUACGUUGAUGCAAGUGUUGGGGCCAAGAAUGGGGUCAAUUUCUGCAACUGCAAAAAUAAGCUAGGAAGCUACACUCCUCCAGCCGCCACCUUCCUGGACAGGUCCUUCAUCCAAACGAUUCCACGCCGGCAGAUCUCCAAUGGCCUUGGAGAAAUUCUAAAGAUGGCGUUAAUGAAGCAUAAGGAGUUGUUUGAACUCCUGGAGCUGCAUGGGAAACACCUGUUAGAUACAAAAUUCCAAACCAGGAUUGGUGUUACAAGCCGUGGCGACCCCGCCCUACAGACCACCAGAAUUGCCAUUGAAACGAUGUUGGAAGAGCUGGCCCCAAAUCUCUGGGAGGAUGAUCUGGAUCGUCUGGUUGACUAUGGACAUGUCGUCAGCCCAGAACUUGAGAUGAAAGUCUUACCUGCCCUAAUGCAUGGAGAAGCGGUGAACACAGACAUGGCAUUCAUGACACACGUAUCAUAUGUUCGAGGACUGAUUACAUUGGAAGAGAAGGAUCGUACCAUUCAGUGUAUGAGAGGUCUGGAGCUUCCAGUUUGGCAUAAAGACUGUACAAUGCCACUCAUUAAGAAAGCCCUGGCUGAAAGAUUCAAGCACAGUGGGGGAAAGAUGCGACUCCCUCUACCAACAGGACUGGGAACUGCAGAAAUCUUCAAUGAUGUGACUGAUGGUACCAUAGAAGCAGCCUAUAAGAUGUGGGAAGAGAAAUGCAGAGACAAUACUCCGUGAACAUUAGCUGGACAGGAGACCUAUGAGACCUCCACAUAGGGUUAUGGACAUUAUAGGCCCAAUGGGUGUUUGUGGUUUACUCCACAAUUUACACUGCCUGAAUCUGGGACUGUUCCUACACUCCAAACCAGCAGCAAUUGCAUUAUAGGCUCAUUAAGCACUUUAGUUCAAGAACCAUCAAUGGGACAAGAUUGUAAGCGUUGAGGGAAAUAGGUUUGAUUAGCCGAUAAUUUAAUUUUAGGAAGAUACAUGGAGUAAUAUGUAUAAUUUGGAAUUUUUUUGUAAAACAAUUGAUUGUGGAUACAACUGUAUUUUUAUAAUUAUACUAAGCACAAUGUAUAAGGAUCCCUGCAUGGAUAAUGUUUUUAUAAUUAUUAUCAACAUGUAUUUUUAGAGCAUCAACAUAUUGCACAGUUGUAUUUGUAAAACUGGGUAGCAGUGGAAACACUGAACUACUACUAUAGAUAUUGUGAGCAUCGAUCUUGCCUAGAUCUACUAAUAGCAAGUGGUAUGCACAACAGUCAAUGAAUGCUUAUAAUGGAAAAUAGCAGAAAAUACCGGGUAAUACCAGCCUCUACACUCCUCCUCACUCAAACGAUCCAGCAAACCAAUCAUUUAUCGACAUUCUGAAACCAAAGUAUUUGGGAAUUAUUUUAAACCAUACCCUAUGGGUAUAAUGAGAAAACUCAGAUGCUUGAUGCAAAUUUCCAAAGACCGUACAACUUUGUAACAUGCUUAGAUGAGCAAAAAAAAAAACAAAGCAAAAAAAGCUCAAUCAGAGCCAGAUAAUCAUU